AUGGCGCAGCAAGAAAAUCAACUGGCCAGAGAAAGAUUCUGCUGUCCGAUCUGUCUGGAUCUACUGAAGGAUCCGGUGACUACUGGCUGUGGACACAGCUACUGUAGGAGCUGUAUUAACACCCACUGGGACAAUGGGGAGGAGAGAGGAAGCUACAGCUGCCCUAAGUGUAGACAGACCUUCACACUGAGGCCUGUCCUGAAGAUAAGCACCAUGUUAGCUGAUUUAGUGGAGGAGCUGAAGAAGAUUGGACUCAAAGCUGCUCCUGCUGAUCACUGCUAUGCUGGACCUGAAGAUGUGGCCUGUGAUGUUUGCACUGGGAGAAAACUGAAAGCUCUCAAGUCCUGUUUGGAUUGUUUGGUCUCUUAUUGUGACAAACACCUCCAGCCUCAUUUUCAGUUAGCUCCAUAUAAGAAGCACAAGCUGGUGGAGCCCUCGGAGAAGCUCCAGGAGAACAUCUGCUCUCAUCACGACGAGGUGAUGAAGAUGUUCUGCCGCACUGAUCAGCAGUGUAUCUGUUUUCUCUGCUCUGUGGAGGAACAUAAAGAUCACGACACAGUGUCAGCUGCAGCAGAAAGGACUGAGAGGCAGAGAGAGCUCGGGCUGAGGAGACAAACAAUCCAGCAGAGAGUCCAGGACACAGAGAAAAACGUGAAGCUGCUUCAACAGGAGGAGGAGGCCAUCAAUGGCUCUGCUGACAAAGCAGUGGAGGACAGUGAGGAGAUCUUCACUGAGCUGAUCCGUCUGCAGGAGAAAAGAAGCUCUGAUGUGAAGCAGCAGAUCAGAUCCCUGCAGGAAACUGAAGUGAGUCGAGUCAGAGAGCUUCAGGAGAGACUGGAGCAGGAGAUCACUGAGCUGAAGAGGAAAGACCAUGAACUGAAGCAGAUCUCAGACACAGAGGAUCACAACCAGUUUCUACACAACUACCUCUCACUGUCACCACUCAGUGAAUCUACACACUCAUCCAGCAUCAGGAUCCGUCCUCUGAGGAACUUUGAGGACAUGACAGCAGCUGUGGCACAGGUCAGAGGUCGACUACAGGACAUUCUGAGUGAGACAGAAACAAAGAGUUUACAGAUUGUGUCUCGAGUGGAUGUUUUACUGCCACAACCAGAGCCAGAGACCAGAGCUGACUUCUUAAGAUAUUCAAAGGAAAUCACACUGGAUCUAAACACAGCACACAAACGUCUGUUAUUAUCUGAGGGAAACAGAAAAGUAACAUUUAUGUGUGAAAAACAGUCUUAUUCUGAUCACCCAGACAGAUUCACUGGUACAACUCAGGUCCUGAGUAGAGAGAGUCUGACUGGGCGUUGUUACUGGGAGGUGGAGGUGGGGGGGGGAGGAGGAGUAUAUGUAGCAGUCACAUACAAGAAUAUCAGCAGGGCAGGAGGCUCAGAAUGUAUAUUUGGAUUCAAUUAUAAAUCUUGGUCAUUAUCUUGUUUUGGAAACGGUUAUAUCUUUUAUUACAACAGCAUCAGGACUCUAGUGUCAUGUCCUCUGUCCUCCAGAGUAGGAGUGUACCUGGAUCACAGUGCAGGUGUUCUGUCCUUCUACAGCGUCUCUGACACCAUGACUCUCCUCCACAGAGUCCAGACCACAUUCACUCAGCCUCUCUAUGCUGGAGUUAGGGUUGGUUAUGGAUCCACAGCUGAGUUCUGUAAACUAGACUCGAGUCAUUAAAAGCAGUGAUUUAGAUCCUGUGUGUAAAUCUUUAACUUCUUUUAUCUCCAUGUUCGUUGAUCAAAGUUUGUCGUGGUGACCUUUCUGCUCCGCACGGAGAUCAGCUGUCAAUCAAUCACCGACCUUCCUUUAUCACACAUAUUUAGUUCUCACUUUGAAAAGACAGAAAUCUAUAAUUGCACUGACAUGAAUGUGUUUGAAAGAACUUAUGUUGCUGUUGUUUUCUGAAUCAAUGUAGAAAUCAGGUUCUGUGAUGUUUUAGAACCUGUAUAGAUCCUGAUCAGUGUUGCAAAGGGGCGGAACAUUUCCGGUAACUUUCUCAAAACUUUCCAUGGGAAGUUAAGCUCAGGAAUUUAGGAAAUGUUGACACUUUUUUGCUAAAGUUAGCCUAUAACAGGGAACUUAAAGGUAGUUGGACCCCGGAUGCAGUUGGGAACAUUGUCUGCCAGAAAAGUAAGCCUAUGACUUUGUGUUGUUGUUGAAUGUCUUUGUAAUGACCGAGCAUGUUGAUUACGUGUUACACUGAAGCCAUGUUCAUUUUAAUACCAAGUUAAUUUGUAUACAGUAGGCCACCUUUUUACAGCAGUGAGAGUAGGAUGUAUGUACGUAUGUCCACAUAUGCAUUUAUUUUAUUCAACAUUAAUGUUUUUUGUUGUUCAAUAAA